AUAGCUUUGAUCUACUGAAGUAUAUGUGCUACUGUUUUCAUUUACUUUUUGAAGUCCAAUAAUUAUUGUAAUCAUUGAAAUCUAAUUCAAUAUGUACCGUCUCGAGUCGAUCUAUCAGUGAUCUAUAUCCUUUAUGUCAUAUUUACAAAUUAUUGACACGCAAAUGAUAUUAUUAAAGUGUGACCGACUUGAUAGUAGUAAUUUUCUUCCGGGAAUGAUAUCUGGUAGCACGCGUUUUCGGAAAUCGUAAAGUUUUGAAUAAUAUAUGUAGGAGUCUUGCUGAGGAAAUUUAGUGUUAAUCAAAGUAUCAUAGGAUCAGAGGAUUCCCUAAAAUAUAUUAAAACAUUGCAUAUAUAAAAACAUGGGGAUUCCCAAACAUUGUACGGAUUGAUGUCGAAGAAUUAACAGUGCAAGGUAAAAAAAAAUGACGUCAGAACUUACUGUCAUGGAUACAUCAGGUACUGAUCACCAACUUUUAGACGAUUCAGUCAGACAAAUUCAAACAACCACACGUUCCAAGACUGUCAGGUGUCGUCAAAAAGUGAAAAAGUGGCUGCCGUGUGUUGUUGUUUUCAUGCUUAUUUGUGUGGUAGCAUUGUUGAUAGCAGUAUUAAUCGAUUUACCGAAAUCAGAUAACAGUACUCAAGAUUCAAACAAUGGUGUAACAUCAGCUCAUAGUUCAAAUAAAACAACCAAGCAUAAAGAAGAUAAUUACUGCAUACACCAUACAAGAUCUGAGUUUUUAGAAAGCCUUCCAGAUGACAUUGACCACUUGUGUAAACCUCAGAAAGUUGUUGGAGCCACAAAAAUGAACUGGUUUGCUUGUCCAAAUACACAUAAUUUUACUGACAUGUUCAUACCACCCUUUUGCUUGUGCGAUACACACAGUCAGUGCAAGCAUCAUACUAAAGACUUGUAUAGAAAACAGAACUGCACUUUAUGCAGAGAUAAAAUGCACUGCCCGUGCCAAAACAAUGGAAAGUGUGAGACCUGCCCUGAUCGCUUUGUGGCGACGGAACUCAAUUGUCACUGUUCGAGUGGUACGGAGGGAAAAUAUUGCACAAAAAUAAAUAAAAGAAUUUGUCAUCUAGUAGUUGAAUCAGACAUUCCAUCGUCUUAUGACAUGUGUAAUAGCAGUAAUAAUAAUACUUGUUUGGUCACAUAUGGCGAGAAUACCUUCAAAUGCACUUUGUCUGAUUCAUCAGAACUUCACGUAGAUUGUUCACUUUUUGAUAGAAAACAUGCACAGUACGACCUCAUGGUAGAGGCAGAAAAGCAGGGAGACAAGAAGAGUUCCGGAGAGAAUCAAUUAAAAUCAUUAAUAAUUAUUUGUAUUUCCUUAAUUGCUAUUGCCAUCUGCAUAUUGCUAUAUGUAAAUAUUAGUCUGUGUAGGAAGGAAUCAAGUGGUCAAUUUGACAUAUCAUGAGAAGUAUGAUAGGAUUGAUUAAGUAUUUCAGAUUGAAUUGACAGACAAUUUGCAGCUUGACUUGUAAACUCCAAAAGCCAGCAAUAAUUUAUUCCAUUACAAUUAUUUGUAAACAACAGCUAUUGUUUAAAGGAUGGUAAUAAAAUCCAUAUUAUAAUAUGUGAAAUAAGUUUAUGCCACACUUGAGCGUUUGGAUUGGAAAUAGAGGAUGCAUUCACAAAGAGGAGUACUUAUAAUGUAGUUAGAGACUCCUAAAUUGUCUUUUAGUGAUGAUAAAAAAUUGAAGGCUAUGUUUCAUAUUAUUAACGAGAGUCUUCUAGUUAAGAUACAAAGUGCAUUUUUUAAAUUUUCAGUAAGACAUUAGUGUCGAAUAAUAUUAAUGAAAUAUUGCUUCAUUUGUUAUUGCAUAUAUGUAUUCACGAGAACGAUAUUAACGGCACUUUUCCAGUCAGGUAGUAAGAAGCAUUUAAUUGUUGUGAGAAAGUUAUCGGAAAUAUAAUCUUUUUUGUCUCAACCACAUCUGUGGGAAGACAAAAUGUUUUUGCUAUCCGUCCAUAUUUUGUUCGUUACAAACUUGUUUCAACAAUAAUCUGUUUAGUGUUUGGAUAGAAAUAGGGCAUAUCUGCCAGAUUUAAUGAACUGUUGCAUCUUUUUAUUUUUUCAAAUUAUUUAAUGACAGCGGAACAAUCACUCUCCUCAUUUCAACAUGAUGAUAAAAUAAACGGUACCAAUUUUACUGCAUAAGAUGCGCAUCUAUCCCUGGCUUUCGAUUGUUUUAGUUUGAGCGUUCCUGUUCGAUACAUUUUCAGAAAUAAGACCCUUAAUAUGCCUAAAUCUUAAUUUGACAAUAUGCCAUAUAAAAUCACAAAAAGGAGGAGGUAUGAUUCGAACCAUUAAUUGGCCCCUUAAAUUACAAAAAAAGUUAAAUUAUUACAGACUUUCAAAAUAUAUGUUUGGAUAUCUUUUCUCAUAUAAUGACAAUACCCAAAAUGAGGCUAAUUCGGCAGAUUUUGACGAUUUGCACUAGUAAAAAAUCACGAAGUGUGAAGACUUGAUGCAAAUUCGUAGGACAAAAUUCAUAACACUGAAAUCUGUCAGACUAAUAAGGAUGUUAUUUGGCAGAUUUAUGAUACUGUUUAAAUUUCGAUUCAAUGUGCGUACAAGUGGCCAUAUCAUACCUUAUUCUAUAUAGUAAUAUGUGCGCUUGAUGUUUAAACAACUAUAGUAUCACAUUGUUAUUUUCUUAUUCAAACCCGCAACUUCUCUGAUUUCAUGACUCAUUUCAAUGAUAUAUCACUUGACCAAUUUAUUUGGUUUUCUAGUGACGCAAAUUGUUUAUGUUACUAGAGCAACAUUUCGCUUUAAAAUAUAAGAAUUAAGAAAUCUGAAGCGAGAUGAUAUUUCAUUUGUUUUUGUUUUAUAUGUUUUAAGGGCAAAGCAGGUACUCGAACGUUUACAGCUAAAAGAUGUAAAAAGUAAAAAUACCGAACUCUUAGGAAAAUUUAAAGGGAAAGUCCCUUAUCAAAUGGCAAAAUAAAAAACUCAAAUACAUCAAACGAAUGGUAAACAACUAUCAUAUUCCUGACUUGGUACAGGCAUGUCCUUAUGUGGAAAAUUGUGGAUUAAAUCUGGUUUUAAAGCUGACGAAACCUCUCGCUUGUAUGACAGUUAUUUAAGGUAAUGCGAAUUUCUAUUGACGAUAAAGUUGUUAUCCAUUUUUAGGAUUUGUUUUUCUUCAAAAUAUUGUUUCUGGGGCAAAGAUGCGAAGUAAUGUAUUUAGCAGAUCAGUUUUUUUAAUCUUUACAUGGUUGUAUGUUCAAUAGAAAUUAUAGAUAUGCGUGAAGAUCUUAAAUGUUUUUCACCUACCAAACUGAAUUGUUUAGUGACUACAUGUGUUGAAUUAUAAAGAUACAUUUAAUAUUUUAGCUCCACAAAAUAAUUUGCAUAUAAUUAAGUAUAUACCAUGCAAACAUAUUAAGCUGCUGCAUUAAACUUUUAAUGACCCCAAAAAUACAGGUUUAAAAAAUCACAAAUGUCUACUGAGUUUAGGUUUAAAUAAUCACAAAUGUCUACUGAGUUUAGGUUUAUUUCUAUUGUCUGCCUGAAGUAAUAAUUUCCUGUUAAUUUUUACAUUUCAAUUUGUUAAGUAAUUUAGUCCUAACUUCUCAGUGUUAUUUUUUUUUUAUGUUUUUGUUUCAUAGAGUAAAAUGAUUUGUUUGCAAUUGUAGUUUUUAUAAGGGGCAUACUUCCCAUGGCAAUGGACUUUUACUUUAACCAACUCCCGAUACAAAUAUUGAUUCAUGUUUUACAUUCCUUUUGUUGUUUUUUUAAAAAGGCUUUAAAUUAAAUUAUUGAUAUUGAUGCUUAUUAUCAAAUUGUAUAUAUAUGUUGAGCAUAUUAUAACAAAUUAACUUUUGAUCUCACUUAGAAUAACGAUUUAAAACAAUUUUUGGACCAAAUGAGAAUUAAAAGAUAGAUAAAAAAGAUUCAGAAGCUCAGUACGGAUUGAUAAACAAUAGAGAGGAUAUAUAUAUAUGAAUCUUCUGCAGCUAUUCAUACAAAUAUCUAUUUAAGUUAAAUAUCAUGCAUUUAUGUAAAAUAGUGUUAAAGGAAAAAAUACAAACAAGAAAUCUCGAUUUUAAAAAGUAGGAUAAAAGGUUUUUGACUGAAUCAGCAUCGUUUUGAGAUAACGUAAUGAAAUUGUCACCUACACUUGUAAUGAUUUAUUUAAUAAAAUUACAUUUUAUUUCCUUAUCACUUGAUUUUACUUAUUUUAUAUGUAACUCAUCUAUUAAUAUUUCAUAUUUAAAUGGUUUGGGUAUUGUUUAUCAAGGGGCUUGGGUUCUGUUUUUUUCAUAAGCUUUUGUGCUUUAUUAAAGUCAAUAGAGUCGAGUUUCUGGUGAGUAUAAUGUUUAGCACAUUAUUGAACCAAGGCAUGCAUAUAUACCAAAAAAAAGUCCUUCGUGUACUUUUUUUUAUAUUUAACGUAUAAUAGACCAACAAUAUUAUUUUCAUUGAUUGUUGAGCUAAAACUUCGGCUGUUAUAUAACUUGCGUGUUUUUGUGACGAAGUUUACUUGUUUUGACCUUGAUACUUUAUCUAAUUUUUUUAUUGUUAAAUGCUUUGGUGUAUCUUUUUUUUUCUUUCUGAAUCGAUUGUUACUACAUGUAUCUUCUUUUCACUUUUGUUCAUCUUAUCGUCCAUUACGAUUUUUUCAUUCGCAUUUGCGCUGUGUGUUUGAAUAUAUUUCUAACGAGAGAUGCCAUGGUAAAGGUCACUAAAUACGGAAAAACUGUGUGCGAAUGAGAUUAUGGGAAGUAAAUGAUUCCAUAGUAGUACAUUUUUUAAAAGAUUUUGAUAGAAUUAAGGAUUUAAAAGAAAAGUCCAUGUACACGUUGUAUAAUAAAACUUCAUUCAAGUAUAUAAAACAUUUUCAAUUUUUUUGUUGAAUAUGAUGUAUCAUAUGACUUAAAGUUUCUUCUCACUUUCCAUGUGAACAAAAUUGGGACCAAUGUCGUCUUUGAUUCCUUACUGUUUGUAAAGAAGGUUAAUGUGUUUUCCUUUCAUUUAUGUUGUAUAUAAUCACAAUAAAGUCACUGUUCAUUUUUUUUAGUCCGUUGACAUCAAUUACGAUAUCACUCACAAUCUCCUUAUGAAUGCAAUAAUGUAAAUUUGAAUACAAAUGUUAUAUAAUGAUGCAUGUAUUUAAUGAAUUAAUGUAUUAAUUGUAAAUAUGAUUUAAGUUUAUGUAAUUUGUGAUUGAAGAAAAACGAGUUGUCAAUGUAUCUAAUGUUAAGGUUCAUGUGGACCCUUUGGCUAAAAUGGCUGCAUUUUCACCUCGAAAUUUACUCUGAGUACAGACAAACCUGAGUAUCUGGAACAGUUUUAAGGCAUAGCAUGCUCUACAUAAAUAAAAAUUCAAAUAUAUUUUAUGUUUUAGAAAAUUAAAAACUUAACAGGAUUUUGCAGUGCACUUUUUUUCAUUCUUCCAGAAGAUGCCAAAAUAAACUAAGUUGUGAAAACUUCCCCACAUGUAAUAAUUGAAGUGAACUGUAUUGAUUGACGUGGACAAUAGAUACCUGACAAUAAUUGGUGAUUUAAACCGUGUACCUGAGUGGACCAUAUCAAGUGAAACUCAACUGUUUGUUAAUUUUAUCACCUUCUACAGGGACGAAAAAAAGUGCACUGCAAAAUCCAGUUAAGUUUAAAUUUUCUAAAACAUACAAUGCAUUUGAAUUUUAUUUAUCUAGGGCAUGCUAUACUUUAAAACUUUUUCAGAUGCACAGGUUUGUCUGUACUCGGAGUAAAUUUUAAGGUGAAAACGCAGUCAUUUUAGCCAAAAGGUCCACAUGAACCUUAAUGAUUCUUCAGACUGUGCAAUAUUUUGUUAUAAUAAAGAUGUUAUAUUAUACACAAAUGAUUAUAGUGAUCAAGUACAAUUGUAAAUCUACACAAAUACUAUGGUUGUAGAAAUUAUAGGACGCGUUGAUAUUUUAAUUGUAAAUAUUUGAUUUAGAUGUGGUGUUGUAAACAAAGGACGAAAAAUAUAAAUUCACCUUCUUUGUUUAUCUAUAUCGUAUUUCUUAUGAAGCAGGUGUUACAUGUAUUGGAGAAGACGUUACUAAGUUGUAAAACUUGUGCCUGAUCCAUUUGUCAUUUUGAACAAAAAAAUAUGUUUUAACUAUGUAAAAGAGUACGAAGUAUGUUUACUAGUUAUGUAAUAACUUUUUUAUUAUUAAACAAAUAAAAGAAUUUUGAUUUUUA